UCCGGGACUCCGUAGCUGAAGACGGAAGCGAUCAGAGCCUGGUUGCUCUACAGUACUUUGCGCACAGCUUUCCGCUCCUCCGUCAGACGGUGUCUGCUAGCGAAUCCUGGAUCCGGCACCGGCGAGCGGAUAAGUAGGACAGUGUGAAGGGCCGGUGCGCCAGGGCUGAGAUCCAGGAGUCCCGCAGCACAGGGAUGGCUUUGCUCUCCAAUCUGCGGCCAGUGGUGUCAGCGCUGCUCUGGGGUGUGCACGGGGCAGGCGGUGUGGCCAGCUGGCCCCUGGCCCCUCUGCGUGGGAUGGCCACUCUCAAUCAGAUGCACCGCCAGGGCCGGCCGCGCCCCGAGCCGCCCCGCGUCAGCCCCACCUUCGGCCGCCCGCAGCUGAAGGGCGUGGUGCUGAAGACCCUGAUUCGCAAGCCCAAGAAGCCCAACUCGGCCAACCGGAAGUGUGCCCGCGUGCGUCUGUCGAACGGGCGGGAGGUGGUGUGCUUCAUCCCCGGGGAGGGGCACAACCUGCAGGAGCACAACAUCGUGCUGGUGGAGGGUGGGCGCACGCAGGACCUGCCCGGGGUCAAGCUCAAGGUCGUCCGUGGGAAGUAUGACUGUGCCCACGUGCAGAAGAAGAAACAGUGAGCCAGCGAGGGACUGGGCCCUGUGGACACUGUGGCUUCAUCCACACAGACUAUUCCACCCGUUUCUCCAGUGGUCAGACCUCUCCUCCUGACCUGGGGCAGUUUUCUGCCACAGAUGAGCUGUAAUAAAGUCCACUCUGAUGCUGCAGUCCUUUGUCUUUGUGCUAUUAUUAGAAUCUGGGAUUGAGGCAGGCAGCACUACAUUGUGGUUUGAGACGGAAUGUAAUGUAACUGAUCACAGUUAUGGGUGGUUUGUUCAUUUCAAGUGUCUGCUUUCAAACUAUUAUAAAUGGCUACAUUACUGAA